AAAAGUGAAAGCAUAAAAUCCCUGCUAUAUAACUAUGAGCCCUUUUGAAAGAUAGAAGAAACUUGUAAAAGUGGUGCCCAUUUUAAUGUACAAGUAGAAAGCAAGGUAUUUCAAGAACCGUAAUUUCUGCAUUAUCUACCUGAAACGUGAUCUUACUGUCCUCCUAUAAACCAAUAUAAAAACCCAAGCACAGAGAUAGAAUCUCAUUCCACUCCACUUCUCUCUCUCUCUCACUCUCACUCUCACUCUCACACACACAGAGUCUUGAAUAGUUUAGCCAAUCCAAAGUAUACCAACAUCGCAGCCACUAGAUAAAUGGGAGAUAAUGAGGUGAUGAUGCCACACAACGGUACCACCGUAUCUUCUUCUCUGACAGAAGCGUGGGACACCACAGGCUUCACGCAUCCCCACCGCAAAAUGAUGAUGCACAUGACCUUCUUUUGGGGCCAUAAAACAGAAGUUCUUUUCAAAGGUUGGCCUGGUUCAAGCACUGGGAUGUAUGCUGUGGCCUUGACCUUUGUCUUUGCUCUUGCAGUCCUUGUGGAGGGGUUCAGUCUUUUCAGUGUCGUCAAGCCAGGAACUAACAAGGCUGCUGCAGGCUUCUUUCAAACUGGAAUGUAUGCGGUGCGUUCUGGGCUGUCUUACAUGGUAAUGCUCGCUGUCAUGUCGUUUAACGGAGGUGUCUUUCUUGCGGCAGUGGGUGGCCAUGCAGUUGGCUUCGCUCUUUUUGGGAGUCGGGCUCUGAAGAAGUCUGGUGGCUCUUGAUAUGGGUCUGAAAAAGAUUUGUGUGAAUAACACGGAAAUAAUACAAGAUAGAGAGCCCGAGUCUCUACUUCAUCGUGCGAUUUGUGCUUGGCUUUUUAAUUAUACUUUGCAGAGCAUGUUUGAUUAUAAGUUUAACAUUCUCAAUUUUAUAUAGUUUUAUAUAUUUAGUUUAAGAGUCUAA